UGAGGCAGCCAUGGCAGCUGGGGUUCCCUUCUCAGAGCUCUGGGAGGAGGCCUCCUGCUCCAUCUGCCUAGGAUAUUUCAGGGACCCCGUCACGAUCCCCGAGUGCGGCCACAACUUCUGCCGAGCCUGCCUGACCCGCAGCUGGGGGGAGUCGGGGGCCUCCUGCCCUCAGUGUGGAGAAACAGCUCAGCCAGGGAACCUCCAGCCGAACCGGCAACUGGCAAAUAUUGUGGGGAUCGUUCAGAGACUCAGUCUUCUGGAGGAAAGGAGGGGAGAAGCGAAGGGAGUGGAAGAAAAGAGGCGGCUCUGCGAGAAGCACCGGGAGCCCCUGAAACUUUUCUGCCAAAAUGACAAAGCCCUCAUCUGCGUGGUCUGCGACAGAUCCAGGGAGCACAAAGGCCACGAGGUGCUUCCCCUGGAGGAAGCGUCCCAAGAGUACAAGGAUAAAUUCCUCACACACCUCGAAAUUCUGUCGAAAGAGAAAGAGAAACGAACGGUCUAUAAAGCAGACGCAGAAAAGGAAAUACAAUAUUUGUUUGAACAAACAGAAUCUGAGAGGCAGAAGAUGGUGGCUGAAUUCAGACAAUUACACCAGUUCCUGGAGGAAAAAGAGAAGGUUCUACUGACCCAGAUGGAAGAGCUAGAAAAGGAGAUUGCAAGAGAAAGGGACGGGCACCUGGCCAGGCUCUCCCGGGAUCUCUCGUCUCUUGAAAAUCUCAUCCUUGAGAUGGAGAAGAAGAUUGAGCAGCCAGCCAGUGAUCUCCUGCAGGAUGUCAGAAGUGCCUUGCAGAGGUGUGAGGAGAAGUUUGAGGAGAUACUUGAGAGCCCUGUGGCAUUGCCCCUGGAGCUGAAGUGGAAGACCCAGGAUGUCUGUGAUUUAAACUUCUUCCUGAAGGCUGUUACGAAACCCUUCCAAGACACUCUGGUAUCUGGACUUCAGCUGCAGAAAGCAAACAUGACUCUAGAUCCAGACACGGCCCACCCCCACCUUGUCCUGCCAGCGGACUGUACCAGUGUGAGAGAGGGAGAUGACGCUCAAGAUUUGCCUGACAAUCCUGAGAGAUUUGACCAAUUUGCCGCUGUGCUGGGACACAAGGGAUUCGCAUCAGGCCGACAUUUCUGGGACGUUACUGUGGCACGAGAGCUUGGGUGGGCUGUGGGGAUCGCCAGAAAGUCUGUGAGGAGGAAGGGUGCUAUAGAGUUUAGUCCUGAGGAAGGAAUCUGGGCUGUGGAAAAGUGGUUAGGCGGGUACAGUGUUUUCAUAAACCCUCAUUACGAACUCUUAACCGUGAGUGGUGACCUCCGCAGGAUCCGCAUUUCCCUGAACUACCAUGCAGGCAGAGUGGCCUUUUUCGAUGCGGACACAGCAGCCCCUCUCUAUAUAUUCUCAGGAGCCUCUUUCUCUGGAGAGACCCUUUUCCCUUUCUUUUGGGUACGUUUAAAAGCCCAGCUUGAUCUCUCCACUUAAGGUAGGCAGACCAUGCUGCUGUGGCUUCUGAGAUUACUUUAGUGAGCAAAAAACCCAACCC